AUUCAGUUUAAUAUAGCUGCUCCACCUAGUGGCUACAGUGCUGUUCUCUCCAGCAAACAAGGGGCCAACCACCAGGUCUUCUGUUUCAACUUUGUUUCGGAAAAAGAUUCCACCGCCACAAGAUAUUUAUAUACCAAGCUACAAUGUAGCUAAGAGCCAGGUUAUCCCCUCCUGGGGAGACAUCCGUGGAGGGGGCCUGAGGGGUUCAGAAACUCUGAGAUUCACCUUUGAAAUGUGCCUCUGCAGUUGAGGCACUGGGGGUUCAGCAUCCCGACGCCAGGGCUCGCAUCCCCAGGUAGGGGCAGGAAGCAGCAUUAACGUAGGUGCUGUCCCUUGCCCACAGAAAGCUGCCCCUGGGCUCCGCACGCUGGUGCCUGCGGCGGAUGCUGUCUCCACUUGAGACAUUUUGCCGCACGUUCUCCCUGGUGCUCUCUCACACGGGCUCCGCUCUCCUGGCCGGGGCUGUGCCGGGAGGCUGACAGCCCCUCGCCCGGGCUGGCUACGCCCAGGGUGGUAAGCGCUGUGCGCGUGAGAUGGGCGCCGAGCAGGGCUCGCAGUCAGUGCGGCGUCCGGGGAGCGGAGCCGGCGUUUGCAAUGUGGGGAACCUGCCACUGCUCUGGGUGCAGCUGGGAGAGUCCGGGGGCCGCCGUGGCCACCGCGCGCGGGGCCUUGCGCUCAGUGUCGGUGUCACUCGCCAUGCGCUGCUGGCUGGCUGGGCAGGGAAGGGGGAGCGGAUGCACCGCCACAGCAGCACAACGGCGCGGGAGCCUGGCAGGGUGCCGCCACCAAACUACAACUCCCAGCAUGCCUUGGGCGGAGCCGGGUCUGAGGCGCACGCGCAGUGCUGCAGCUCUUAGGCGGCUGGUGCCACGUAGGUUCAGCAUGGCUGCUGUGUUUGCGGAUCUGAACGUCGCGGGCGCGCCGGAGAGGAAGUCGCUGCAGAGUUUGCUGGAGGCCGCCGCGCACCUGGGAUAUUCAACUGUUGCUAUUAACCAUGUCAUUGAUUUCAAAGAAAAGAAACAGGAGAUUGUCAAACCAAUAUCUCCUUCAGAACUGUUUCCAUCUUUGCCUAUUGUACAGGGAAAAUCCAAACCAAUUAAAAUUGUAACCAGACUAACACUUGUAGUUUCGGAUCCUUCUCACUGCAAUGUAUUGAGGUCAACAUCUACAAAUAUAAGAUUGUAUGACAUCAUAGCAGUGUUUCCAAAGACGGAGAAACUGUUUCAUGUCGCUUGCACAAAUCUAGAUGUGGAUCUGAUAUGCAUAAAUGUAACAGAAAAGCUGCCAUUCUACUUCCGAAGACCCCCUGUUAACAUGAAUAACUUCUCCACUAGUCAGUACUUGAGUACUGUGGUAAUGAGUGCUACGGAGAACCCUCAACUUUGGAAGGCAAUAGAUCGCGGUGUUUACUUUGAACUUCUUUACACCCCUGCCAUCAAAGACUCUACAAUGAGAAGAUACACAAUUUCAAAUGCUCUGAGUCUGAUGCAGAUCUGCAAAGGAAAGAACAUAAUUAUAUCUAGUGCAGCUGAAAGGCCAUUAGAACUUCGAGGUCCUUACGAUGUGGCUAAUCUAGGUUUGUUGUUUGGCCUGUCUGAAAGUGACGCCAAGGCAGCUAUUUCUACCAACUGCAGAGCAGUCCUCCUUCACGGAGAAACCAGAAAGACUGCUUUUGGGGUGGUGUACACCAAGAAAACCCACCGAGCUUCGGAGGAGGAAGGUGUUCUCCCAGUCCGCAAGAAAGCCAAGACUGAAGUAUGAGGAUCAAACCCAACUUCUCAGCUUCUACGAAGUCCUUUCUUCCCAUGCUACCCACCUACAAUGCCUUGAUUCAUUAUUUUAAUUUGUUCAGCUAAGAAUCUUUUAUUAAAAAAAAAAGUUUGUUUGUG